UAGGUAAAUAUUUUAUUUUAGGACAUCUCAUUAUUUAGGAAGGUGAUAAUUAGGAAAUAAUAUUUUUUCUGUUUUUAUUGAUUUAUAUAUUGUAUAAAUAUUGUACUCUUUCAAUUGGAAAUACAAGUUGAAAAUUUCAUUUACUUUACAAUUUUCUUUAACAAGCCCUUCCAUUAGUGGAAAGUGAUCAAAUAUGACUUUGUUAAGCAUGCAAACAUGUGCCAGUGAAAUGGGUUUAAACUUGUAUUUAUUUUAUGUUCAAAUUCAACUAGGAGCUUAGAACUAGAUUGGAAAAGACGUAUAAACAUUAUUAAUGGCAAUGCACGAGGUCUAUUGUAUUUGCAUGAGGAUUCUCGACUCAAAGUAAUUCAUCGGGAUCUCAAAACAAGUAAUGUUUUAUUAGAUAAUGAAAUGAAUCCUAGAAUAUCAAACUUUGGAAUGGCCAGAAUAUUUGGUGGAAAUCAAAAUGAAGCUAACACCAAGAGAGUUGUUGGCACAUAGUAAGUGCAUUACAAUUCUUUCCUAUCGUACUUUCUACCAUGAUUUCUCAAAUAAGAAUAUGAAUACAAAUAGAUCUUUUUCCAUUGGAUUGAAUCUUAUUUUGUUUUUCCAAUGUCUAACAGUGGAUAUUUGGCUCUUGAGUAUGCUAUGGAAGGAUUAUUUUCUGUCAAAUCUAAUGUUUUCAGUUUUGGAGUUCUUCUACUUGAGAUUUUGAGUGGAAAAAGGAAUAGCGGAUUCUAUCUUUCAAAACAUGGCCAAAGCUUGCUUAAUUAUGCUUGGAAGCUAUGGUGCGAAGGACGUGCAUUAGAGCUAAUGGAUCCCGUUUUGGAGCAAUCAUGUGUUCCAGGUGAAUUAUUGAAAUAUAUGCAUGUUGGAUUGUUGUGCGUUCAAAAAGAUCCAGCUGACAGACCUACCAUGUCAUCUUUAGUGGUCAUGUUGGCAAGUAAUACCAUAAUUCUUCCUAAGCCAACUGAACCUGCAUUUUUUGUUGGAAGAGUUGUGAAUUUAACUCAUUCUUCAUCUGAUACUAAAAUUUUCUCCACCAAGAAUGAGGUAACCCUUUCAAGUGUUUCACCUCGAUGACAAUUGUUCUAUGGAUAAUUGCAUUUAUGUAAAUUUCCUCAUUUAUUGAAAGCUACAGAAGUAUGUCAUGGAAAUUUUGGCAACUUACCACCUUACUCCUGUA